AUGAAGCUCAAGAUUUCAUUUUUACCACUCUUCUGGUUUUUCCUCAUUUCUGUUUCUUCAGGACAAGAAAUCUGCUUCAGUGGAUUCUUUAAACCCAAUUCUACGUACGACUUAAACCGUCGUCUAAUCCUCUCAUCUCUUGCUUCUAAUGUCACAACUCACAAUGGAUUCUACAACUCUUCGAUCGGUCAAAAUCCCAACAGAAUCUUCAUCAUUGGUAUGUGCAUCCCUGGAACUAAACCAGAGACUUGUUCAGAUUGCAUCAAAGGUGCAUCAGACAAGUUAGUACAGAGUUGUCCUAACCAAACAGAAGCUUAUACAUGGCCAGAUUGUUGUAUGGUACGUUAUUCCAACAUUUCUUUCUCUGGAUCACUACUCCUUAUGGAACCGUCUCAAGAGCUUUACAAUACUGGAGAUAUCAGAGAUACUGAUGCUAAUUUGACGGUGUUUGAUAGAGUUUGGGAAGAGUUAAUGGUCCGAACGGUAAAUGUAGCUUCUUUGAGUAGUAAUGGAUCAUCAUCAAGAUUUGGACAAAAGUACUUUGCAGCUGAGGUUGCUUCAUUGACAACUUUCGAAACUAUGUAUGCAAUGAUGCAAUGUACACCUGAUGUUUCUUCAGGGGAUUGUGAGGUUUGUCUCAAGAGAAGUGUUGGUGACUAUGAGUCGUGUUGUCGAGGUAAACAAGGUGGUGCGGUUAUUAGACCGAGUUGCUUUUUCCGAUGGGAUCUUUAUCCUUAUGCUGGAGCUUUUGAUAAUGUUGCAUUGCCACCACCUCGACCGCAGUCUUUACCUCAGCCACCGCUUUCUUUGACACCUCCGGUAAGCGAUCGGGCAAAUACAACCAGUAAAGACGGGAAGUCAAUGUCGGUAGGGACUAUUGUGGCCAUUGUUGUCCCUACCAUUGUUAUGUUGGUACUGCUUGUUGUUGGAUUUUUGGUUUGCAUGAAAGGGAAAUCAGAAAAAAGAACUGAGGUUCAAGCUGGUGAUGAGAUCACAACAACACGCUCACUGCAAUUCAGUUUUAAGACAAUCGAAGCUGCAACUGAUAAGUUUUCAGAAAGCAACAAGAUCGGGGGAGGUGGAUUUGGUGAAGUUUACAGGGGAAAGCUUUCGACUGGAACUGAAGUAGCGGUAAAGAGACUGUCGAAAACAUCAGGACAAGGCGCGGAAGGGUUCAAAACCGAGGCUGUUCUUGUGACAAAGCUUCAGCAUAGGAAUCUGGUUAGGCUCCUUGGCUUUUGUCUGCAAGGAGAAGAAAAGAUACUUGUCUACGAGUUUGUACCAAACAAAAGCCUCGACUAUUUCUUGUUCGAUCCUGAAAAGCAAGGAGAACUAGACUGGACAAGACGGUACAACAUUAUUGGAGGGAUUGCUCGAGGAAUUCUAUAUCUUCAUCAAGAUUCAAGGCUUACGAUCAUACACCGGGAUCUCAAAGCGAGUAACAUUCUCUUAGAUGCUGAUAUGAACCCCAAGAUUGCAGAUUUUGGCAUGGCAAGGAUUUUCGGAGUUGAUCAAUCUCAAGCUAACACAAGAAGAGUCGUUGGAACAUAUGGUUACAUGUCUCCGGAGUAUGCAAUGCGCGGCCAUUUCUCCAUGAAGUCUGAUGUCUAUAGCUUUGGAGUAAUGAUUCUAGAGAUUAUAAGUGGCAAAAAGAAUAGCAAGUCCUACCACAUUGAUGAUACUGAUGGCAAUUUGGUCACACAUGCUUGGAGGCUUUGGAGAAAUGGGUCACCAUUAAAACUCGUAGAUCGGAUUAUAGGAGAGAGCUAUCAGAGUAAUGAGGCUACUAGAUGCAUCCAUAUCGCAUUACUAUGUAUUCAAGAAGAUCCUGCAGAUCGUCCAAUGCUACCCGCAAUCAUCGUGAUGCUCACUAGUAGCACAACCACUUUACCUGUUCCUCGAGCGCCGGGAUUUUGCCUCCCAAGCAGGCAUGAACCGGACUAUGACGGCUUAGAUUCUACCCGAUCCACAAGCAUGCAUCGAUUACAGAUUUAG